AUGCAACUUACGGUGGAGGAGGAAGAGGAAGAGAAUAACCAGCUGGUCUUCCAUGAUGUUCACGUCUGUUGUAAAGAUUUUGGUGGCCUAAAGACCAAGGUACUCAGGAGAACGACAAACACGAUGCAAAUUCAACAUCGACUACUCGAUCAGCCACAAACUCAGUUGCCCAAGGCGCCAUAUCGGCAUGUUGAGACGCAUUGCAAUGAACCAGAAAAAAACUUGCCGAAAUACAAUAUGUUCGACGGGUGUUCACAGAAAACUGCUACCCGCGCAAAUUCGUCAACCGGUGCUUGCGCAAACGAAAUGGGCAACAAAAUCGCACCGACCCCAAAUUUUGGCGAGCGAUCCCUUGGAGUCACGCACAGGCCGGAGGCAACCAUGAGGCGUCACACAAUGAAACCGAAAAACCUACUGCCACGGCAAGAAACGUCUGGAGUCAUCUAUAGGAUCUGGUGCAGUUGCGGACAAAGCAACUUCAUCGGAGAAACUGACAGACUUCUCAAGACGCAAAUUGCCCGACAUACGGCAGCAGUGCAGCGAAAUAAUGCCAAUUCCGAAGUUGCGGCUCAUUCGACGAGACCCGGCCACACAUUCAAAUCUGAUGAGGCCGAAAUUCUCACAAGAGGUGAUAAUCGUGUGCGCCGAGAAUUACUUGGGUCAUGGUUCACGGGCUCCCAGUCCAUAAACAAGUGCAACGACUUGUCUAAUCCAUAUUCAGUGCUGAGGCUCAAUUUGGCCAUAGGCAGUCGCUACUUGGGGAAUGCAUAG